ACGAACCAGGAGCUUAGAGUUCAACACGACUUCAAAUCAUCAUGGAAUCCCCCUAGCACCUCUUCGCCGAAGGCUAACAGGAAGAUAGCAGGACGUCACCCGAAUGGGUCCCAAGCAAUGCCAAAUAGCACCGCGCAGAUGAAUGGAGAGAGUAAAAAGAGGAGCCAUGCAUGGGCUGAUGCGUCUGAUGAGGAGGACACCAAGAACGAUCACCGUCUCAAAGGGGAAGUCGCAAAAGGGGAGGCAGGCCCUGCUCGCGCGUAUACCAAUGGACGGAACAAGAAACCUAGGAGAAACUUUGGUAUGCCAAACGGCGUCGGUGUUGCCGGGAGCUCCAAGCUGCAGAACCUAAAAGAGCAGAGGAGGCAGCUACCUAUAGCCAAAGGCCGAGAAGCGCUCAUUGAAGAGAUCCGUCGUCAUGACGUUGCCGUCCUACUAGGGGAAACCGGGUCCGGUAAAACAACCCAGGUCCCUCAGUACCUCCUCGAAUCUGGCAUUGCUGGAGCAGGCAUGAUAGCAGUAACUCAGCCGCGACGAGUGGCAGCAACUUCUCUAGCUGCGCGGGUAGCUGCCGAGCAAGACACUUCCCUAGGUCAAUUAGUGGGCUAUUCGGUCCGUUUCGAUGAAUUGGCCGGUCCGGAUACUCGCAUAAAGUAUAUGACGGACGGUAUGCUGGUUAGGGAACUACUCUCGGAUCCCCUCUUGACUCGGUACAGUGUCAUCAUCGUCGACGAGGCACACGAACGCACACUGCGGACAGACUUGUUGAUCACGAAGCUCAAGACCAUUCUCAAGGAAAGGAACACCCCUUCUGAUGGAAAGGGCAAGGCCUCCGAAUCGGCGGGAAAUCCUUUAAAGGUUAUCAUCAUGAGUGCUACUUUGGAUGCCGAGAAGUUCAGCCAGUUUUACGACAGUUGCAAAAUCCUAUAUGUCAAGGGUCGACAACACCCCGUCAAAAUAUAUCAUACGGCGGUUGGCCAGCCGGACUAUCUGGACGCUGCUCUUCGAACGUUCUUUCAGAUACAUGUGGAUCAACCUCCCGGGGACGUGCUCAUAUUCCUUCCAGGGCAGGAAGACAUUGAAAGCUUAGACAAAUCGAUUCGGUUGUACGCGAAUCGUCUACCAGCAGAAAAUAUGGGGGUGGUCAUAUGCCCUAUGUUUGCUGCCCUGCCACCCGCUCAACAGGCCAAGAUCUUCCAGAGCACACCUCCGAAUACAAGGAAAUGUAUCUUAGCUACCAACAUCGCCGAGACAUCUAUAACGAUACCGGGAAUCAAGUAUGUCAUAGACACCGGCAAGCAUAAGGAAAAGCGGCACAUAGCACGAGACACGGGGAGCGGGUUCGACGCGCUCUUAACUCGGGACAUCACGAAAUCGUCCGCUAUGCAGAGAGCAGGUCGCGCUGGCCGAGAAGGCAAAGGAUAUUGCUUCCGUCUGUACACAGAGGAGGCCUUUGACACUAUGCCCGUAUCAUCUGAGCCAGAGAUCCGGCGCACAAGCCUCACCUCCGCUGCCUUGCAACUAAAAUGUCUUGGGGAAGACAUAGAGGACUUGGAUUUUCUAGAUAGACCUGAUCUUGAGUCAAUACAUUCCGCGUUGAAGAUGCUGUGGUUUCUAGGCGCCAUAGAUAAUACCAAACGUCUCACCGAUGCUGGACGCAAGAUGGCUGCCCUCCCUCUAGAACCGAAUCUGGCUUGCGCCGUCCUUGAGUCCGUGAAAAAUGGAUGCACCCACGAAGUCAUCGACAUUGUAUCGGUGUUGUCGUCUACCUCCAAGCUAUUCUUUGACAUCAGCGACGAGCGGGAAAAUGCUUUUGAAGCCCGCAGGAAGUUCCGUCAUCCAAGUGGCGACCACAUGACGAUCGUGAAUACUUUCCGCUCCUACCAGGACAUCGCAGCUACCGAGAGCAAAGCUGCUCGGAAGGAAUGGUGCCGGAAGCAGUACGUGAACGAGAGGACCCUCCUUGAGGCUCUCAAGAUCAGGGACCAGCUACGAGCCACGUGUGAUAAAAUGGGCAUCGACUGGAGGACCACGGCUCACGAUGAUGAGAAACCCGUCACGAAGAGUCUGUUCAGGGGCCUGGUUCUGCACUCUGCAUUGCUUCAGCCAGACGGAACAACAUUCAAGCAAGUUUAUGGCCGAUCUGUUAUCAAAAUACAUCCAAGCUCAUCCCUGGCGGACAAGAAAAUCCCGGCUAUUAUAUACGAUGAACUGGUUUAUACAAACCACAUCUAUGCACGUGGUGUUUCAGCUGUUCCCAAGGCAUUCUUGUCCGAGAUGUCCAACCAAAUAAAAGAUCAGAUCAAUUGAGUUUGCAGUACCUAUCAGAAGGCGCUUCGUGCAAAUGAUAAAGAGAUCUUGGUAACGUCGCUCAGUUGACGAGAGAAGUGCGACCGGAGUGGAGAGAUCCUGUGCAUGUGCCUUCAUGCCUCUUCAUACGGGCGAUCACUCUGCUAUCGACACCUUCCGCCUCCUUCAGUCUUCAUACAGUAAUACGCGGGUUCCUACCGUCAGACUUGUCCUGGCCUCUUCAUCUCGAUUCAAGAUCUACGGUGUCGAUCGCUUGCAGUUAUUGGCCUCGUCUUACAUAAUGUGGCAAUCCGCGGGCUAACCGGUCCCUAUAGCUAUGGACGAUCUCAGGCGGGGCCAAGGGAGGUUCGUCCCUCGCGAUACUAAUCUUCGUUGCUACGUGUGACAGCCGUUGUUGGAGGUUGUCCCAGCAUAUACAUAUACGAUGACGGAGGCCCUGACAUGCUCUCUUUCGCUCGUCAUCUACCCUUGUUUUCACUGCGAAUAGUAAUCAGAAGGAUCGACCCGUUCAACAGGACUUGCUCCAGCCAGUCUGGCUUCGGCCUCUG